AUGCCCCAAACUGGGAUUCUCGAAGUUGAAAUAUUCGAUGUUUGGGGUAUCGAUUAUAUGGGGUCGUUCCCAUCUUCCAAUGGGAAUUGUUACAUACUUGUAGCCGUCGAUUAUGUGUCCAAGUGGGUAGAAGCCAUAGCUUCACCAACAAAUGAUUCCAAGGUAGUCAUUAAGCUCUUCAAAAAGAUCAUAUUUCCCAGGUUUGGUGUUCCACGAGCUAUUAUUAGUGAUGGGGGUACCCACUUCCAUGAAAGACAAUUGGAUAACCUCCUCAAGAAGUAUGGCGUAUAUCACAGAACAGGGCUUAGUUACCACCCUCAAACUAGUGGUCAAGUUGAGGUCUCUAAUAGGGAAAUCAAGGCGAUCCUAGAAAAGAUUAAGAUUUUCCCAGGAAAGUUGAAGUCUAGAUGGUCCGGUCCCUUCACUGUCACAAAGGUGAACAAAUUUGGUUCGGUAGAGUUGGUGAAUGACAAAGGUGAAGAAUUCAAGGUGAAUGGCCAAAGGUUGAAAUUGUAUCAUGAAGGUGGUACCAUUAGAGAUGUGGAGGAGACUCUCCUAACUCCACUUCCAACAUGA